AUGGUUGUGGCUGGCAGGGAAGAGGAGUACUUGAAGCUGGAGCGCUACCUGGACAUGUUCUUCAGCACUGGAGCCGGCGGGAUUGUCUAUGUAAGUGGGGUUCCUGGUUCUGGGAAGACCCACACGAUCCUGAGGCUGAUGGAGGAGAGGAAGAUUCCGCAUCUAUUUCUGAAUGCAACGAGGCUGAGGUCGAGAAGGGAGGUGUACGGGUGGAUUCUUACAAAUCUACCCUGCUGCUCGGAUCGGAGAUGCAUGGGCCUGUCCCAUCUGCGGCAGCACUUUAUAGAAUGCGCUUCGUUGCAUGUGGUUGUGAUUGACGAGGUGGACAUUCUUGUGGGGAGGAGCCAGGAGGUCUUGUACAACAUAUUUGACAUGCCGUAUCUGGAGGGCAGUAAGCUGCUACUGUUUGUGGUGUCAAACACCAUGAAUCUUCCUGAGAAGCUGUUUGAGCCCAAGGUUUGCAGCAGAAUAGGAGGAAGGAGGAUUAAUUUUAUGCCAUACACAUCUGCACAGUUGUGUACCGUGGUCGGAGACUGCGGGAUGGACAGAGGAUGUGUUGAGCUUGUUUCGAAAAGAAUCGGGGCGAUUAGUGGAGAUGUUAGGAAGGUGAAGGAUGUGAUUGACAGGGUUAAGGAAAGUAAAGGAGAAGAAAAUGCAGGGAUACUGGAUGUGGAUGGCGUUAUGAGGAAGAUGUACACUCCUGUGUAUGUGCACUAUCUGCAGGGCCUGUCCUUCUACCAAAAGAUCAUCGUGACUCUGGUCAGCGAAAGCAGGGAGGACAGGAUGAAGGUUAGGGAGCUUUACGACGAGCUUGCUUCUUUCUGCAGAAGAUCGGGGAUGAAAGAGGUGGGAUUUUUUGAAUAUUCUGAUCUGGUUGAGAUGCUGGUAGGAUGUGGAGUGUUGGGGUAUAGGAACUCGGGGAAGGAGGUUCUGGCGAUGGUGCUAAGAGAGGAGGUUGAUAGGAGUCUCGGGUCUGAUGGGGAAUACCUGGAGAUUGUCAGGAGGAUUGGAAUCCGCCGGGACCAUGAGGAGGCGCCAUGUUAA